CCCCAACCAACCACCAAUCACUUCAACUCGUACGUAACUUCGACGAGUAGAAUGAAUGGUAAUUGGCAUGGUACCGGAACAGAGAGAAAAGCGCAAACGCUAAUCCUCUCAAGAGCACCAGCCCAGCGCCUCGACCAUAUGUGCCACUGGAAUUAUAAUGUACAAGCCCACGCGUCUAUAUCGUAUGCCCAGGCAUGAAGUGUUUUGGCUAGAGGACGGGAAUAUCACUCUUGAAGCCUCCGGAAUACUCUUCCGGGUGCAUCGGUCAUGGCUCGUGCGACAUUCAGAGUUCUUUGCGACUAUCUUCAAUGACAAAGGCAGGCACAUUGGGUAUGAUACCGUCACUGGGAUAGACGAAGACGAGCAAAUUUGCUACCUGACCAAGCUCGAGGGAAAAGAUCUAGAGGCACUGCUUCUAUUCUAUGACAACCCCGUUGUGUGUUGCGGUGAUAUCCGAUUUUCUACCCUUGUAUCCCUCAUCCACGCGACAACAAUCCUGGGAUUUGAAGCAGAUCGGCUGCAGGCCUUAAAACUGCUCGCAGAUGACUGGCCAUCUGAUCUCGACCGCCUCCAUGCCGGCUCGGAACUGCGCUCCAAUGCUGCUCAAGUUGCCACCCUUUCGCGGGCGUGUGGGAUUAAUGGCAUGUUGAAGCCUGUAUUUUAUGAAAUGGCACGAACAUCUGGAUUUGGCCUGGGUGAUGUAGACGAAUCCAGUAACUCAAAAAUAUUGAGCAAAUAAGUCAGGCGGAUGAGCGACGCCUUAUACGGACGCGAGAACAGCCCAGCGGUAUAUGGGUGCAAGCAGCAGCGCGAGAAGAUCCAUCCUUGACCUGUCCAAACCGUGUCGACG